CGACACCUUCAAUUUCACAUCUCGGAGGCGCCAACACAAACACCCAGAAGCCACAGGAUCACCACUGACACGACCUACACACACAUCAGACAUGCCGGGCCGCGUCACUCGCGGUACGCGCAGCAGCGCUCUGUCGCUCAAGUCCGCCGGACGAACCAGCUCUCCCAUAACCGACAUUCCAGACGAAGGCGACGACACCAGCCUUCGACGCAGCAUCUGCACCAUCUUCGCGGAAUCACAGAAGUCUGUUACGCGACAUAGCAAACUAUGCUUCGCCCUGCGAAAGGUGCAAGAGCAAUGCUGCUACGAGCCCGUCACCCUGAAGAAGGGCAAACGGGCGGAGGAGGAGUUUGAUGAAGACGACUUCAAUAAAGAGACGGUGCGAUGCGUGCUGCGCGUCUUGCCCGUCAAGAAGGCGGAGCCUGCUGGUGACCGGGUGAUUCGCUUUCUCGGCACCUUCUUGAACGCCGCGAGCGGCAAAGACAACGAGAUCGCGGACCAAGGGGAUCCCGAUGCGACUAGCCUACCGGAAACGCCCACGUCUAGAUUGACGACCCAGGUGCUGCAAGAGCUGCUGCCGAAGAUGAACGCAAAGGACAAGAACAUUCGUUUCCGUGCCACGCAGAUUACGAGCCACAUCAUCAACAGCUUGGACACGCUGGACGACACGCUGUUUCACAAACUUCGCCUGGCUUUGCUCAAGCGUAUUCACGACAAAGAAGCUAUGGUCAGGUUGCAAGCCGUGUACGGACUUGGGCGCUUGGCUGCUGAGGUUGAUGACGAUGAAAAGGACGAUGAUUCGGACUCUGAUAACGAGGUCGGAACCGGCGUGCUGGAGAAAUUGCUCAACGUCCUUCAAAACGACCCCGCUGCGGAAGUCAGGCGCAACCUCCUUCUCAACCUCCCACUGACAAAAGAAGUUCUGCCCUACCUCCUCGAGCGCGCCAGAGAUGCCGACGCCAGCACCCGCCGAGCCUUAUAUGCCCGACUUCUUCCUGCGCUUGGCGACUUCAGACAUCUCAGUCUCACACAUCGUGAGAAGCUUCUCCGCUGGGGUUUGCGCGAUCGGGACGAAAACGUGCGAAAUGCGACUGCGCGGCUGUUCCGAGAACGCUGGAUUGAAGACUGCGCUGCCCUUCCAGCUGCUCAGACUGCGGAACAAGCUGAAGGUGAAGACGGUCAGGCGCAAAAGGCGGCUGCAAAUCAGGCCGCCGAGCCCUCACUCGACGCUCUCCUCGAAUUGCUCGAACGGAUAGACGUGGUCAACUCCGGCACUGAAGGUGGCAUCGCUUUGACAGCCAUGCAGGAGUUCUGGGCCGGAAGGCCUGACUACCUCGACUACGUCUCCUUUCCCGACCACUUCUGGGAUGACUUGAAUCCCGAACUCGCCUUCGUAGCGAGGACGUUCAACGACUUCUGCCGCCAGGGCAACAAGGAGGUCCACCACCGUGACUUGAACGCCUUGGUCGAGGAGAAGCUGCCGGAGGUGACGAAAUUCGGCUUCUUCCUCGAGCGCGAGCUGAACAAACUGAUUGAGCACAUGCGGGAAGCUGCCACGGGUGAAGAUGCAGAUGCGGAGGAAGACUCCGCGCAGAGCGAGUUCGUUGUUGAGCAAUUGCUGCACAUGGCACUUACGUUUGAUUAUUCCGACGAGGUGGGCAGAAGGAAGAUGUUCGGUCUGAUGAGGGAGGCUCUUGCUAUCGCCGAUCUACCAGAAGAAGCGACGAGACUAGUGGUUGAGGUGCUUCGCAUGGUGUGUGGUGAGGACAACAAAGGAGAGCGGCAGUUCUGUGGCAUUGUGCUGGAGGCUAUCGCGGAGGUCCACGACACGAUUAUGGGUGAGAACGCGGCGGGUGACGACAUCUCCUCCAACGUCGACGAGAGUUUCCACUCAGCCACCUCCUUCGUCGAUGAGGACGCAAUCGACGGUGCCACUGGAGGAUCAGAGCGAGCACGAAAAUCUAAGAAGGCCAAAGGCACGAUGCCUGAAGACGCAGCGGAGGCUGAGGAAGCCUACAUCCGCGAGAUCAUGGUCAACAUGAAAUGCCUCCACAUAGCUCUCUGCAUGCUGCAGAAUGUCGGCGGGGAUCUCGAAGACGAUGCUAACCUCGUCACCAUGCUGAACAACCUCGUCGUCCCGGCGGUGCGCAGCCAGGAAGCGCCUAUCCGCGAGCGAGGACUGCUCUGCUUGGGCCUCUGCUGCCUUCUAGGCAAGAACCUCGCCCAAGAGAACCUGACUCUCUUCUUGCACUGCUUCGCCAAAGGCCACCCAACGCUGCAAGUCAUCGCGUUGCAAAUCAUCGCGGACAUCCUGAUCACCCAUCCUUCUCUCCUGGCGGAAUCGAGCAUCGACAAUACCACUGCAACAGAGCAGCAACAAGACGCUAAUCAACUCACCAAGCAAAUUAUCAAGGCCUUCCAGAAAGCCUUGAAAUCCGACGAUCCGGCCGUGCAAUCCACCGGCGCCACCGCUUUGUCAAAAGCAAUGCUCAGCCGUCUCAUCACGAACGAGGACCUCCUGAAACAACUCGUCAUCACCUACUUUGACCCAGAAACCAACUCCAACGCCCAACUCCGCCAAAGCCUCUCCUACUUCCUGCCCGUGUACUGCCACAGCCGCGCCGGAAACGCCAAACUCAUGGCCACAGUCGCCGUCCCCGUCAUCGCAAAACUCGCAACCCUCCGCGACGCCCUGCUCGACGACCUAGACGCCGACGACGAAGCAGGCGACACGAUGGUGAAGCUAAGCGUCGUCGGCCAAAUGCUACUCGACUGGACGGAUCCACGGAAAAUGGUCGGCUUCGCCGAAUCCGCAGCGCCCGAAGCAGCCGGGAUCAAUGCAGCAGGGGACACGCACUUCCUGCUCGCCGCGCACGUGCUCGAGCGCCUCACGGGCCCGACGAAAGCAGGCCAGCUGGAAAAGGAAGAGCGCAAAGUCCUCUUUUCCAUGCUGGGCAAGCUGCACCUCCCCGCGGGCGCAUGCGAGGCGGACACGCUGGCGCACGUGCUCACGUUGGUGCAAGAGGCGUUCGACGCGAAGGUGGCGGGCGAUGCGACUUCGCGCAAUGUCCUGACGAAACUGCGCGAUGCGUUGCUCAAGUUGAUGAAUGCUGUUACCGCGUUGGAACGAGGGGGCGGUGGGGCUGAGGAGACGGUGGUGGAGAGUACGGAGGUGCAGCACGGCGCUGAGGAGGAGGAGAUAGAGGAGGAAGUAGAGGAGGAUGAGGAUUUGACUGUUAUGCAGCGGACGCUGAGGGAUACGACGCUGGGCGGGACGACGAUGGGCGUUCCGGAUGGGGAAGGCACGCGGGUCGUGCUGGGCGUAGAGGAUAGCGAGAUGAUGGAUGUUGAUGGAGAGGAGUACACCACUACGGAACUGUAGGCGUUUUGCUAGUCCUGGACAGUCUGAGCUUGAGAUUGGGAUUAAACGGAUA